GGUCCCAUCAAGUCAUUUCUGCUAUAUCUCUGGACCCUGGUUGGCCCUCCCAGGCCCUCCAGUACCAGAUCAGAGAGUAACUGCUAGAGUCAGUCUGGAUCCUCUCGUCUAUGAUCCGCUGAAGCUACUAAAGCUGCUGUCACAUACAAGAUGAGGCUGCUGCCAGUUGUUGUUACAGUGUCACUAACGGUGGCGCUCGCUUAUUAUGUUUACAUCCCGCUGCCGGAUGCCAUCCAGGAGCCGUGGAAGCUGAUGAUGCUGGAUGCUGGAUUCCGGACAACGAUGCACCUGGCCUCUUUAAAGUCUUGGCUGGGCUUUGACCAUUACAUCACGUCAAUCAGGCGGUCCUCAGAUGGGUUUGAAGGCAUGAUGAAGGGGCUGAGCAGUUCUGAGUCCGGCGCAGGAGGGGUCAUGCCCGGAGUCAAAGUCAGCGACAUCACUUUCGCCGGCGUCCCGGUCCGUGUUUACGAGCCCCCGGCUGGAGGGGAGGGUCAUCUGAGGAGAGGGCUGAUGUUUUUUCAUGGAGGAGGCUGGGCUCUCGGCAGUGCCAAGAAGGGGUCGUAUGAUACCAUCAACCAGAUGUUGUCCGACGAGCUCAACACUGUUGUGGUCUCUGUUGAGUACCGUCUGUAUCCAGAGGUGCACUUUCCAGUACCUUAUUUAGACUGCCUUGCCGCUGCCAAGCACUUCUUGUCCCCAGAGGUUCAGGCCAGGUAUGCAGUCGACCCUGAGCGUGUGGCUGUGGCAGGUGACAGUGCUGGAGGAAACCUGGCUGCUGCGGUCGCUCAGGAGAUUUCCACAGAUGACACUAUGAGUGUGAAAUUCAGCGUCCAGGCGUUGAUCUACCCAGUGCUCCAGGCUCUGGACUUCAACACGCCCUCCUACUUGCAGAACCAAAAUAUACCCAUCCUCUACCGGCACCUUAUGGUGCGCUUCUGGCUACAGUACCUCGGUGCUGACCUCUCCCUGCAGUCCCAGUUGCUGGCGAACAACCACAGCUCCUUACACCUCCCAAACAUCACCCCAGAGCUGAGGGCGCGGCUAGACUGGACCGUCCUCCUGCCCCCGAAACACAAGAAGAACUACAGGCCUCUGAUUGUGGAGAAAGGUUCACAGGGGGCAGGGAAGGAGGUGCCGGGGCUGCUGGAUGUGAGGGCGUCACCACUGUUAGCAGGACCGGAGGUUUUGGCUAAAUGCCCUCGAGCAUACAUCCUAACAUGCGAGUAUGACGUGUUGAGGGAUGACGGUCUGAUGUACGCGCGGCGCUUACAGGACGCAGGCGUCACAGUUACCCAGGAGCACUAUGACGACGGCUUCCACGGAUGUUUCACCUUUAUAACCUGGCCAAUGGAAUUCGAUGUAGGGAAGCGAGCACUCAGGGGUUACCUCAACUGGCUGCAGAACAACUUGUGAGAGUGUGUAUGUGUGUGUGUGCAAGUGAGUGUUUAUGAGUGCAUGCAUGUGGGUGUGGGUGUUUUAUUGAUAUGAAUGAACUAGUCCUUGCUUAAUGAAUCUGAGCUCUUUGCUCUUUGUUUAAAAUAUAAGCUCAGGACCCUCCUGUUCCUGCACACGCACACACACGCACGCACGCACACGCACACACACACACACACACACACAUACAUAUACACACACACACACACACACACACACACACACACACACACACACACACACACACACACACACACACACACACACACACACACACACACACAAGCUGGCAGUGGAGAAGGGCAAAUAUGUUAACAUGAACAUGGCUAACACUGUGACCAGCUAACAAACAUACCCAAUAGAUGCUCAGCCACAAGCUUUCCACUAAUGGAUAAAUGAAUCUAGUGUUUCCACUGGGAGGGGCCACAUCAGUACACUUAUUCUUAUCCACAAACACAUAAGCAAUAUACUUCCUGUGUUAUUGGUUUUAUACUUAAUUUUUAGAAUAAAACAAACAAAAGUGGAUGUUAGCAGUGGUUUUAACUUUUAUUUUUAUUUUUUUUUAACUAUGUGACCCAGCAAGUUACUGUAUGUUCAGUAUUGCACCACUUUGGUCCAGAGACUGAAAUAUCUCAACAACUAUUGGAUUGAUUGCCUUGACAUUUUAAACAGAGUCAUGUUGUCCAGAGGAUAAAUCGUAAUUACUUUAGUGACCCCCUGACUUUUCCUCUAGCGCCACCAUUAGGUUGACAUUUGUGGUUUUACAGUGAAAUGUAAACUAUCAGAUGGAUUAUGAAAUUUGGCACGCACAUUCAUGGAUCCCUCCGAUUCAUUUGUAAUAACUUUGGUUGAUCCCUUAACUUUUAAUUUCCAGGUUGAAAUUGUAAUUUGCCCACUUACCUGCAGAACUGAUGCCAUUCUCAUCAGCCUCAGCUGUACGUUUUAUGUUUAGUGCUAAUUAUCAAAUGUUAGCAUGAUUACAUGCUAAGCUAAGAUAGGAAACAUGGAAAACAUUAUCUGCUUAGCAUCAGAACUUGAGUAUUGUCGGUGUGGGCAUGUUAGCAUGCUGACAUUAGCAUUUAGCUCAGUACAGCCUCACAGAGCCGUUAGCAUGGCUGUCGACUCCUGUUGUAGUGAGAAAGAACAAAGUUCACAAAAUUAUAAAUUUUGAAUGGGGAAUUCACGACCUUUCUUGUGAGCUUUUUGUGUGUUCACCGCUGUAGUAACCGCUGUAACACUCAUCUUGUGCUCCUUGCACCACAAGAGGUGAUGUCUUUCCUGACAAAUGAUGCUUGACAAUCACUGACAAAAUGCACUAUUUACUUAAGUUUCAUUCCGUUUAUUACAGUGUUCAGGACAUUUUAUGUAUCUGAACAUGCCCUUACUAUGCAUUAAAUGUUUUGUGAUUUAAAUGAGUUCCUUUGACAGUGGCAGUCCCAAAAUGAGUAGUAUCUCAUUCUCCUUAAAAUCUGCUCUGCUGGGUCAGCACAGGCUAUAGCGUUGUCAGAUGUCUACAUAUAUAUAGAACCACUCCUAAAAUUUAAAAAAAAGUAACAUGCAGGACAUCUGGGGUUCAACCCUUGCUUAUUAGAUGUAUGUAUUUAAACUGAAGGGCUUCAAACAAUGUCAUUUUACUUCUAAAUGUAAUUGCCACAUGUCUCUGCUAUGCCCACUGUUAUGAUUUAUGAAGGAACUGAUGAAGGGUGUCAAUAAAAAAUGUGAAGUGAUA